AUGAACGACGUGUCAUCCGUGGUGAGGUAUUCUGGGGAGGCACUCUACAAUGGAGUCACCCCUGCGGGGAGUUCCCUCCUUUGCACCCCGGCAUUAGGUACAUCUGCACUGGGCACCUCUGCACUGGGCACCCCUACCCUGUGCGCAUCCCCACGACAAGAAGGACGCGCCUCGUUAAUAGACUUGACGGCGAAGCGGCCCAGGGGGAGCGUCCUCAAUCCAGUAAGCAGAGACAGAGAAGGAGGAAGGCGCUUCCUGUCCAAAUCGAACGAGUCUGUAGAUAGCAACUAUUUCAAGUAUAACUCAAUCGAGUUAGGAAGUCUAUCCCCCGACAUGAGGACAUCUACUAGUUUGAAUGUAUGCCUAAGUCUUGGCUUAAAAAAAAAAACCAAAAAAGUGACAGGAUUGGAGAGUCUUCCAAGAAAUACCAGCAGCAUGAAUCACAAAGCUCACCCCAUGACAGACCUCUUUCUUUCUAACAAUACCAAAGGAGGAAGCAGUAGGAAAAAAAAAGGAAAUAAAAAUUUCAGUUUAAAUCUAUGUAAUACUUGUCUAAACAUAGAUGAUGGGAUAUACCUAAAGCAGAUCAAUGAAAUUAUUAACAGAGAUAUCGUUUUUUCUGAUGAAGAUUUGCUAAUCAUGGAUGAGCUAACCAAAUCGAACAUACACAAUUCCUACGUGUUUAAUAAUAUCAAAAGUGUGAGCACUUUCCGCAAAGGAGGACUAACCUGGAUCGUUUAUAGCAACCAUGGUGGGUAUCCAUGUACAAAGACUCAGAAACAGAUGCCGAUUAAUUAUGACAAGGUAGAUACAGAGCAACAGUCUUCCCAUUUGGGAGGGGACAUAAAUGAUAGUGAAUAUAUAUAUGUAGAUUUGAUCAAGAAAAAUAUUUUCUGUACAAAUAAGUACAUUAUAGAACCCACCAUUGAGAACACAUGGUUGAAGAAGGUCCUACUGAUCAUUAAGAAAGAGGAUCUAGAUCUAGAUGCCUUUUUUUUUAAGCUCAAAUUUUAUUUUUACAAAUCGGUCUUAUUCUUAUACCAAGAAGGAAUCAAAUCAUACUUAGGAGAUGUAGCUAACCAAAUGAAAAUUUAUGUUAAUUAUAAUUUCUGGUCUGCAUCUGAGGUAGCUUUUAUUUUAAGACAGCUAACCAAUCUGUGUAGCAUACAAAUUGAAGUUAGGGUGAAGGGAGAAAUAGGGUGUGUUAUUUAUUUGAACAAGGAACCUAAAGGAUUCCAAGGCUUUGUCGAUAGUCAUAAUUUAAAUGAUACUUUCACAAAGAAGGAUUGGAUUUUGUUGCACAGAUUUGCCAUUAAAAUGAUGCAGUAUAAGAAGGAGGGCAGUGAGGACCAGGGGGGAGAGUCCGCUUCGCCAGGUGUUCUCGCCAAUGGGGAGGAGCAACUUGGCGGGGUGGAAGAACACGGGACGAAGGGACACAGCGAAAAAAAUGGCACCAACAGUCGAGGCACCAGCAAUCGAGGCACCAACAAUCGAGGCACCAGCAAUCGAGGCACUGAUGGGUGUGCCGCCCCCUUCGAAGAUGGAAAUAAUGCCAACUUAUCAGACGAACUGCUCGACAAACGCGACGGGGCGCAGAAGGGUUCUUCGCGAAGGGUGGACCCCCCCUUUGGAGAGGACAAGUCGGUUAGCGGCGGCUAUAUGGAGCUGCUCUCGCCGGCCAGCGUGGCGCUCAGCCAGGCGGCCGCGGAGGAAGCGGCUAUCGAAGCGGCUAACGAAGCUGCUAACGAAGGGACUGCCAACGUGGCUGCUAACGAAGGGACUGCCAACGUGGCUGCCAACGCGACUUCCAACGUGGCGGCCAACACGACCUCCAACGUGGGUCCCGCCUCGAGUGCUACCCCCGCGCCGGGCAGCAGCGAAGACGGCAGCGAGUGCAUCUUCUGCUCACCCAGCACCAAGAAGCUCAAGUCCUACAUGUUCAACGGAGGGAGGUACGCAUUCGCAGCCAAACUGAAGCAGGAAAUUAAGCACUUCAAAUCUAAGCGACUAGGAGAUAUUAUCCACUUAGUACAGCUAGCUAUACACAAAGGCAUAUUUGUCUACUCCCAAAGGAUUCUGCUACCCGUGUCUGCAUGUGAAAAAAGUGCAGAUGAUUUGUACCCAAAAAUAAAAAAUUUUAAUUAUGAGCUUUGUGAGACUUUAGGAGAAGUCAUGAGAAUAAUAUCUCUCUUGGUCGAUCAUAAACCUAAUGGACUUGUCCUCGCCCAACUGAAGCAACAGUUCAUUCUCCAGUUCAAGAAGGAGCUAAAUAGUCUACACUUCGGUUACAAGAAGCUACAAAAUCUGCUGCUAGCCGAACCGUUUAGUAAACACUACAAGCUGUACAUCCCCAACUGCAAUAUGCACAGGACGCACAUUCAGCACAAAAAGUACAGGACCCCGGAUAACUGCAGGAUCUUCCAAAAGGAGAGCAUCAAUGUGGGAUCCUUCCUCGAGUUCAUCGACCACCACGAGUUGGGUAGCUACAGCGCGGAGGAGGGAGAAGAGGCGGACGAAAUAGCGGCUACGGAGGGGAUAGCGGCUGCGGAAGAGGUAGCGGCUACGGAGGAGAUAGCGGCUACGGAGGAGAUAGCGGCUGCGGAGGAGAUAGCGGCUGCGCAGUCGGAGGCUACGGAACCAGCUCCUAAGAUGAGCGCUGCACUACUGAGAGGAAGCCACACACAUGUGCUGUUUAACCCCGAGAGGGGGAGUGAAAACGCGGGCGACGCAACAAGCGAAAAAGCUGACACAACAUCGAACUCACCAGCCGAGAAACAAAAUCAAACAGAGCAAAACCAACAUAUUCGAAUGCGUGAAAAUUCCCAAGUGAGUAAAGAGGAUGGGGACACAACAGAUGAGUCAAUUACCAAAGGAGGCACAUUCCCCAGUAGGGAGGACCAGACCGACCAUGCCGACCGGAGCGACCAUGCCAGCCAUGCCGACCAUGCCAACCAGACCCCCCACGACUGCCGCCCCGUGUGCACCGAACAGGUAGAACCCUCCAACGUGCGAACCAAAUGGCAAAUGAACAAAGAAGUGACUAAGCCGAGGGGAAUCAACAAAAGGGAAGACCUCAGCUACGGAAAUUUGAAGAACCUCCCGUUGUUCAUUCGAGAAAGCAUAAAAGUGACCCUGGAGAGUAAAGAGGAUGAUGGGUGUAGAUUUUUGGACAUGGAAGAUGUAGCGCAAUUUUUUGCAAACCAGGAGGAGGGAUCCACAAGGGGAGAUCCAAAGCAGAGGAAUGACAUGUACCUUUCGAUUUUGUCACGAAUGGCGUGUGCAGCAGAGGAAGGAGACCCCAAAAGGGGGGAAGUAGCCAAUCCAAUUAGAGGCGAAGAAGGCAACCCCAAUAGAGGCGAAGAAGACAAACCAAAUAGAGGCGAAGAAGCCAACCCCAAUAGAGGCGAAUCACCAUCAGAAAUUACGAAACACUCGCGCGGAGAGAGCCCCGCUGGAAGAAGCGGCGUCCUCAGUAUGUUAUACCGCAUGGACCUAGACGCAGAGGAUCCGCACGCUGAAAAGUUGAGGGGGAUAACGGCGAUUUUCGCAGGUGAGAAGGAUCAGCAUGGAGGACAUCCCGCGGACGAGAGCGGCAUUCAGCAAGACAACAUAUGGCACUACUCACCACUGUCUGAUGGUACACAGAAGGACAACGCCCCUACUGACACUCCAAGUAUGGCAACACUCCCCCCGCUACUCAACAUUUUCACCCUAAUUAAAAAAUACAAAAGGAAAAAAAACUACCAACUGUUCGUAGAGCAAGGAAAUAAGAACAGCGACAUUUGGAGGAGCAAAGCUAACCAUGAGGACGUUCCUCAACAGCAUGAUGAUGAGGGUAAGUCGAAUGACACAAAGGUAGCCUUCCUAAAGAAUAAUAAUCCCUUCAUGGGUAGUGUUCCAAGAGAUGCCCUCACAGGAUCACCAGGAAAUAAAUUACUCCGUUUGAAAAGGGAUCCUAAAUUUUUUAAUUCCUCUCGCACGGUGGUAGAUAUGGAAGGAUCAAAAUUUGUUAGACCCUUUGGCAAAAAUGGCUUUUACGAGAAGGGGGCUUACACCAGUGCAGACUAUGUUACCAACUCGAUGAGAGAAGAAGAUCACACGGGAAAAAAUGCAAAAGGACAACUGCACAGACCCCAAGGGGUGGAGGAGGAAAUUACCACAUAUGGAGACUACUGCCAAUCGAAUGACCUGAACAUGUGUGAACCUAAUGAGUUAGAUGUAGAUAAUGGAUACAUAGAUGAGAAGAACCCAUACGGAGUACCCCCAAUGGGUAGUACCACCACCACAUGUAGCGUCGACAAAAGGAAUAGUCCAGCAGAGGGAAUAAAUGAAGAGCCCCUCUGCAUGGGAGGUCACCAAACCCAUUUUUAUGCUUAUAAUAUGACCCAGGGAAAAAAUACAAACAUGCAUAGUGGGGAGACCAAGCUAUGGGGCACAGAACUGUCGAGGAGUCCAAACAGCAAAAUGAACUUUAGUAAAAAUGAGCAAGCAGAUGGGGACACGUCCGUUUACGUCAUUCAAGACAAGCUGGAUGAGGAGUUGGAACCUCUUAGGAGCCACGCCGCUGACCAAAGUGGAAACGAAAACAGUUUCGAAGGGGAGCAGUUGGAGGGCCGCUCUACCCGCUCUGUCCCCUCUGUCCUCCCCCUCGAUACGGCCACUGCCCCCUGGGGAAGAAACGCCGAUCUGCUAGGACCCGCCCAACAUAGCACGAACAGUCUGAUGAGGGAACAAUACGUAGGUCCCCAAUGCGACGAACAAGUUCCCAACACGAAGGAUAAAAACUCGGAGCAUGACCAGAAUGACUCAUUAAACCAUUCCAAUGGUAAGCUGUACCAUGUCGAGGGAGAAGGGAAUGGCUUUCCAAGCAGUGGCGCCCUUUCGAGUGAGAAGACACCGGCACAUCAGGGAGGAGACAUAAACGAUGCGCUCAAUUGUACAUACUUAAAAAAAGCGGACUUCAUGAACUGCGACUUGAACAGAGUGGGAGGAAAUACCGAUAAUAAUAGCAACUCUACUACUACUACAACCACGACUGUCGCGAAUAACAACAAUGGGGGGAGCAACAAUUCGGGUCACACCGACUCGGUCGUCGAUUACCACAGUGGAGACAGCAACACGCAGAUGAGAGACACCCCGGAUAGAAGUGAAAACGGAUGCUAUGUCCACACGGUGAACCAGGUCGGCCAAGAAAGUGUCAGCGCAAGUGCCGAGGUGAAGGCGGAUGGGCUGCUUUCCCCCUUAGGUGGCCAGGCGGAAGAAUCAAACAGAGGGGUAAACACGUCGCUCAUCUAUCGCUCCAGUGGUGACGAGGUACAGCAUGUAGGGGCGAACCACAUAGGAGACGCCCCCGUCAGUAGCGUUACGCAGGGUGAGUAUAGCCAGCAGUGUAGCCAGCACUGUAACCAGCAGUGUAACCAGCAGUAUAGCCACCAACAUGACCGCCAGUAUGACCGCCCGCAUGACCACCAGCACACUCGCCAGUAUGCCCGCCAGUACACCCGCCAGUAUGGCCACCAAUACACCCACCAGCACAAUUACCCCCCGAGCGACAAAAAGAGAGGUAUCUACACGUGCAAAGACAAGGAGAUCGAGUCAGGGAGGAGGCAGUACAACCCCUUCGAAAGCAGAAAUUCAUUCACGUAUGCCACUGCGUCUUAUGGGGGAGGUCCCAACCUAAGGGAAGGAUACAAGAGAGAAAAUGACAUGAAGAAAAACUUUUUUAAAAAAAACGAAAUUGAAAGUAAUCCACAACUGCCAGACCUUUUAAGCAUCAAAAAUCAUGUCAGAGGAGGAGGAGAAGGCCUUUUUUUCUCCACAAAAAAUGAGGGGAAAAAGCUUCGAAAUGUUAUUACUACGAUGAGCACGACAAGACAAGAAAAGCUACAGACCCCAAAUGGCAGCAGCUUCUAUCAGUACAGAAAUGAUAGAGGUGAACAUGCUUUUAAGAACAGGAGCUUGCUUAAAAGGAAUAAAUACGUUGACCCCAAUGUGGGGUUCAAUCAGGAAAGGAAGAAGAAUAACCAUCAGGUUUUUGACCCCCUGGAGGAGGGAUACCAACAGAGGGAAGCAGAACGGGAAAGAGGAACGGAAGCAGAACGGGAAAGAGAAACGGAAGCAGAAAGAGAAACAGAAACGGAAGCGGAAAGAGAAACAGAAAGGCGUACACCUGACAGCAGUUACGCAAUGGUGGACAAGGACAACCAUGUGACCGACUUGGGAAGAACUCCUGACACGGUGCUCCACAAACACAACGGAGGCACGAAAAAUCAUUUCCUCCAAAGCAGUUACCUUCCGUACCAUCAAAAUAAAAAAAGCGCCUUCGUCAAAUAUGGAGAUGUACAAACGUCCUAUGGAAACCACGGAGAGGUGAAGAAGCCACAGCUCAGAAAAUUUUUCAAUUGCGCACCAGACAUGGGAACACCACAGACCAAUGAAGGUACUUCAAAUUUUGGCAAAAUUUGCAAAAUUAGGAAUAUUUAUUUGGAUCAGUUUCCCCGAAAAUAUAUCCCUGGAGAGAGAAACAAGUUUUGUAAUGCUAGCUUAAAUUACUCCUACCAAAAUAGGGGCAACGUCGAUUUGCCUCCUGCUUCGAACGAGUACGUGAAGUUUUCGUCCCUCGUCAAGGGGAAGACUAGAAUAAGUGCAGACACCAGCUUUGUGGAAAAUGGGGCGUUCAAAGUGGGGGGCCAAAUGCGGGACCAAGUGAGGGACCAAGUCAGGGACCAGGCUUCCCUCAGUGAAGUUUAG